AUGCCGAAUAAAAGUGAUAGUGCUUAUGGCAAACAUCCUUCGAUUAUGCCCGAGGAAAUAGUAAAGAGAUUGGUAAGGUUGUUUGCUUUUGAGAAGGAUUUGGUUCUUGACCCUUUUGCUGGUAGCGGAACAACUUUGAAAGUAGCAAAAGAAUUAAAUAGAAAAUGGGUAGGUUAUGAAAUAUAUGAGAAUUAUGAAGAAGUGAUUAAAAAAAAACUUGGCAUGAAUAAUGUAAGACCACCACUAAAAAUUAAUAGAAUUUAUAACCUUGAUGUUUUUGCCUUUUUUGAUAGUUUGCCAGAUAAUAGCGUUGAUUUGGCUAUUAUUGACCCACCUUAUAAUCAUAAAUUAAUUCCUAAAUUAAAGAGAACAGCUUCCAUUUACAUAUUCAAUACUCCUUUCAAUUGUGCUUAUAUCGCAUCCCAUUUACGAAAGAAAAAUCUGAUUCACCGAAUUAGCGAAGAUUAUACCUUCAAUCAUGAGGAAAUUCGCAUUCCUUACGCUGCUCCCGAAAGAGUUAAUUCGCCCAAAGGAAUAUUAAAAAAUGGCCAGCGAUGGUUCCCUAAUCCUAAUGGUAAACUCUGUUCUGAUGUGUGGGAAAUUAGUAGUGAUCGUCAUCAAACAAAAAUAGAAGGAAAAAUACAAAAAAAUAUUCAUCCUUCUCCUAAACCUGAAAAUAUGAUCGAAAGAAUAAUUAAGGCUUCUAGUAAUGAAGGGGAUCUAGUUUUAGAUCUUUUUUCCGGAACGGGAACAACUAGUGUGGUAGCAAAAAGGUUAAAAAGAAAUUUUAUUGGUUGUGAAGUAAAUGAGUCAUAUUACGAACAUGCCGUUGCUAGAAUAUUUAAAGAGUAA